UGAACGGGUAAAAGUUCGCUCAGUAUCAUUCCUACGCCGGUUGAGUCGAGUCGGCCGCGAUCGAUCGCUUGCGGUUGUAGGAAGCUCGCGCAGUUCGCUCGCUGAAAAGGCGCCAGCCGUUUUACUUACUCUACAGUCAGUCCUCUAGUGUGUCUUGUUGUUAUUCGAUCAAAGUGAUAAUUUGUGUGCACUCAAAUCACUCUAUAGGCAGAGUCCGAGGCAGGCUGAUAACAUCGAGUUUCAUCACCCGCCCUCUUGUGGUUCUUGUGCUACGUGAGCGAUCGCCUCUGUCGCGCCGGUUUUUUUUUUAUGCGAAAUACGUUUGUAUCUCAAAGACGGAUGGAUGAAAGAUGCAAACAAAAUAAAUGUGUGAUCCAACAGUGUUGAUCGAUGUAAUUAGUGCAAUCCGUUAGUGAGGCCGAUUGGAAAUUUGAUUUCGUGGCUUCAUUGCGAGCGAUCGAUCGAGCGAGCGGUUUAAGUUGGAUAAGGAAAUUUUAGUGAAUUGUAACGGAGUGACGCACAACCCGCAAACAACGCAAGCACUACCAAUCAGCUCUAGAGAAGAGAGAGUAAUAACACCCAGUGCAGCCUAACUGCAACGUUCGACGACACCAAUCAUGCCCGUGUAUCUGGAAGUCAGCACCAACUGCGACGAUGAACAGUACGAUAGCAACGGAAACAACAACGUGACUAGUCAACAGAAUCUGCUGUCAUUACAGAGCAUAUCUAGUCUUUCACAUCCUAACUGUAUAUUCAACCCUAGUCCUAAGAACGAUGAACCAUACGGAAAGACUGAAAAGCGAAAGCUUAUGUGGGCGAUUGGCUUCACGUUAGUUUUUAUGAUAGCAGAAUUCCUCGGCGGAUACCUAUCCGGUAGUUUAGCCAUCAUGACCGAUGCCGCCCAUCUGCUGUCCGACUGCAUCAGCUUCCUGAUUGCGGUUAUCUCCAUUUGGAUAUCCAACAAGCCUCCCGACGGGAAGAUGUCCUUUGGCUAUCGACGUGUAGAGGUUAUCGGUGCCAUCCUGUCCAUCGUGGGUAUUUGGGCACUGACGGCAGCCCUCGUGGUCAUGUCCAUCCAGCGGCUGAUAGCCGAGGACUUCGAGAUUGACGCCGACACCAUGAUCAUCGUCGCCAUACUGGGGGUCGUCAUGAACAUCGCGACGGCUUUCAUUCUGCACGGAUCGUGCAGUGUCGUACCACACAUGCACCAUGGCCACUCGCACGGUGGCCACUCUCAUGGAGGUCACUCUCACGGUGGUCAUUCACACGGACAUUCCCACUCUCAUGCACAUUCCAAUACCAAUUCGCAAGCGAACUUGGUGGAAGUAGUAGCCACUCCACGAUCCACACCUAUCCAACGGUCCCGGUCUGGAUCUCCAAUCAAAAAGCCACGCCCCAAGCUGGAGAAGCUGAAAAUCUGCGACGAGAAAAAGUGCGAUCGAAUGGAAGUCCUAACUAUCCCGAAUCUACCGCCCAGCCCUAGCGUAAGUCCCCAUCCGUCCACUCCGAACACGCGACACAAUUCGUUCGCGACUAACUCACCCAUGCAGCGGCCCAACCUGGAAAACAUUUUAGCCAUGGCCAAGAAAAAACUUAACUCGGAAGCCCUGCGGCAUCGAAUGAGCUUCGAUGCCACGCUUCACUCACCGGACAUAAUCAGCUCCAGCAGGUUCCUGUACAAUAAAAUUGGAACCGAUGCCGAUUCGGCACUGGUCGGCAGCCGGAGGGACAGCAACAUCAGCAAUGACACAUCCCUGCACGACGAGCACUGUCCUGGGGCUGGUGGAGGCGAUCAGCACGGAGAUGAAAAUCUCAACGUACGGGCAGCGAUCAUUCACGUGAUUGGUGACUUCAUUCAGAGCAUUGGGGUGCUGUUGGCUGCGGUGGUGAUCAAGUUUGCGCCCAAUCUCAAGGUGUUCGAUCCCAUCUGCACGUUUCUGUUCUCAAUCAUCGUGCUCGUUACCACCGUGCGGAUCUUCCGCGACUCGAUGCGCAUUCUGAUGGAUGCCGUUCCCGCCAGUAUCUCGGUAGAAAAACUGCGCACCGAGCUGGGCUGCAUUUCCGGAGUAAAAUCCGUCCACGAGCUGAACGUGUGGAGCAUAUCCACCGGGCUGAAUUUGAUGACCGUCCAUUUGACGGUUGAUCCAAUGGCCAACACGUCGGAAAUUCUAAUCGCUGCCAACAGUAUUGCCCGGCAAGGAUUUAACAUCAAGAAGUGUACUGUACAAAUAGAAAAGAUAUGCUUUUAAAUUGAUGUUAGUAGAUGUCUGUGAUGAGGUGCUUGUACUGUUAAGAUAAGUCAUCAGAAAAAAAAAGUUCAAUAAAAAUGUACAUAAUUAUUUUAAAUAGCAAAACGA